GCAUGCCUAGUGUCCGUAAUACUUCCUCCCGACUGCUGCAAUGGCUUUCAAAACCCACCAGGUCACCCCUGAGUCGGUGUGGGGAUUUACGCCCCAAUGAAUGACUGUUUCUGAUUGGCCAAAACGUAGUCAGGCGUCCAUAUCUGAGAACAGUGGUACCUGAGGUACCUAUCUCCUGGUUCCACCAUGGACCCCUCCAAAAGGAGGGAAGGCAUCGGUCACGAGAACAACUCUGAGCCCGCCACCAGCUCACUGUUCCCCAGCUCCCAUCCUCCUUCCACUUCGCCUAUCUGAAUCAACGAUGGCAGAGACACGUGGCCGUCUAGCUGGAAAGAAUGCCAUCAUCACCGGCGCAGCUGGUGGCAUUGGUCUCGAGACCAGCAUCCUGUUCGCCAAUGAGGGCGCCAACGUCCUCAUGGCCGAUAUCUCGGCGCCGGCUCUGGAGAACGCCCUGGCCAAAGUCCGCCAGCUCGUGCCGGCGGCGAAGCGUGUCGAGGUCAUGCUUUGCGACGUCUCCAAAGAAGCCCAGGUGCAAGCCCUGGUCGAGUCCGUCGACAGCUGGGGCGGCGUGGACGUAAUGUUCAACAACGCGGGGAUCAUGCACGCGCUCGACGCCGAUGCGGUCGACACGCCCGAGUCGAUCUGGGACCUGACGCAGGCGAUCAACGUCAAGGGCGUGUGGUACGGGUGCAAGCACGCGGUGCUCUCGCUGCGGCGGCACGGCAAGGCGCGGGCCAGCAUCGUCAACACGGCCAGCGUGGUCGGGCUCGUCGGCUCGGCGACCCCGCAGCUGGCCUACACGGCCAGCAAGGGCGCCGUGCUGGCCCUGACGCGCGAGCUGGCCAUCACCCACGCCCGCGAGGGGUUUCGCUUCAACAGCCUCUGCCCCGCGCCCCUCAACACCCCGCUGCUGCAGGACUGGCUCGGCGACGACGCCGCCAAGCGCGCCCGCCGCGAGGUCCACUUCCCCACCGGCCGCUUCGGCGAGGCCGUCGAGCAGGCCCGCGCCGUCGUCUUCCUGGCCAGCGACGAGAGCAGCUUCGUCAACGGCCAGGAUUUCGUUGUCGACGGCGGCAUGACCAAGGCCUACGUCACGCCCGAGGGCCCGCGUGCCCCGGCUCCGGUCAAUAAUGCCCUGAAGGAUAGCCUCGAUUGAGUCAUCUUUGCUUUUGGGAGUUGACAUGUCUCUCGGUUGGGUUUAGAAGAAGGGGAACGACAGCGAAGGCUGGGCGAUGAUGCAUGUAGGGGGCCACGUGAGUUCAGUCAGCCCAGAUAGAAACUGGGACAGGUGUCAGGAUGCAAUGAACCUGCGCCUGUAUCGCCUUUCCCUCUAUUUAGUAACUGCGACAUGCUUUUCCAGUCCCGCCGUGGUAGAGCACGCAUCGAGUAUUGCACUGUGGCCCCGGUCCGGACUCGGCUUCAGUAACAUAGCAAGAUGACAUAUAUACUACAAUAUACGUAGUAUAUACAUGAAUGGUCGAUAAGUCUAUCCAGUUAAGACCACAAGACGCCUUUCCCA